GCUGCCUCAAGGCGCUCGCAGCCAAUCAGGAUGGAGCCUGCCGGGACGCAUUACAAGGGCGACUGGCCCGAAGUCUCCCGCUUCGGGAUGAAUUAGCGGCGGGUUCUGCACGGAGGUUGUGACCCCCAGGGAUUCCCCAGUUCGCCCACGCGCUCCCCACGGCGUCGCGCGUGGUCCUCUGCUGGUCACAGAAUCAUGGUGUCAUGGAGAGGGAUAUACUUUAUACUCACUCUGUUUUGGGGAAGCUUUUUUGGAAGCAUUUUCAUGCUGGGUCCCUUUUUACCUUUGAUGUUUAUAUACCCAUCUUGGUAUCGCUGGAUCAACAACCGCCUUGUGGCAACCUGGCUCACGCUACCUGUGGCAUUGCUGGAGACCAUGUUUGGUGUAAAAGUGAUUAUAACAGGUGAUGCAUUUGUUCCUGGAGAAAGAAGUGUCAUUAUCAUGAAUCAUCGGACAAGAAUGGACUGGAUGUUCCUGUGGAAUUGUCUGAUGAGAUAUAGCUACCUCAGAUUAGAGAAAAUUUGCCUCAAAGCCACUCUCAAAAGUGUUCCAGGAUUUGGUUGGGCCAUGCAGGCUGCUGCCUAUAUCUUCAUUCAUAGGAAAUGGAAGGAUGACAAGAGCCAUUUUGAAGACAUGAUUGAUUAUUUUUGUGAUAUCCAUGAACCACUUCAACUCCUCAUAUUCCCAGAAGGGACUGAUCUCACAGAAAAUAGCACGGCUCGAAGUAAUGAAUUUGCUGAAAAGAAUGGACUUCAGAAAUAUGAAUAUGUCUUACAUCCAAGAACUACAGGCUUUACUUUUGUAGUAGACCGUCUAAGAGAAGGUAAGAACCUGGAUGCUGUCCAUGACAUCACGGUGGCAUACCCUCACAACAUUCCCCAGACAGAGCGGCACCUCCUCCUCGGAGACUUUCCGAAGGAGAUCCACUUCCACGUCCACCGAUACCCAGUGGACACCCUCCCCACAUCCCAGGAGGACCUCCAGCUCUGGUGCCGCAAGCGGUGGGAAGAGAAAGAGGAGAGGCUGCAUUCCUUCUAUCAAGGGGAGAAGAAUUUUUACUUUACGGGGCAGACUGUCAUCCCACCUUGCAAGUCUGAGCUCAGGGUCCUUGUGGUCAAAUUGCUGUCCAUACUGUACUGGACCCUGUUCAGCCCUGCAAUGUGCCUGCUCAUCUAUCUUUACAGUCUUGUUCGGUGGUAUUUUAUAAUCAUCAUUGUCAUCUUCGUGCUGCAGGAGAGAAUAUUUGGUGGACUGGAGAUCAUUGAACUUGCAUGUUACCGUUUUUUACACAGACAGCCACAUUUAAAUGCAAAGAAAAAGGAGUAAGAUUGUAAAGUUCACAGUGUAAAAACCUAGGGGAUAUUUUGGAAAUGUUCUAAGCUUUUGUAAACUGAGAUGCGUUUUUGCAUGACUAUGUCAAAUAUUUCUUACUAUCGUCAUUAUUUGUUAAAGAUAUUUUGCACUUAGUUUUGUGGGAAAAUAUUGCUACACACACGAUUUUUUUUUGUUUUUUUAAAUCUCUGAAUGUAAUUUCAACACUGUGUAGCAGGGAGCGAUCGCUGUGAAAUAACUUGGGCCAGAGUAUUAGUAAACAAUCAUCAGGCUGUUAGCAGACAAGGUACACACAAGAUCUUCUUAAAGGCCCAAUCCUGCUUCCUAACCAACUCCCCAGACAGGAGGCAGAUCUGGGGCUCCUGAGCACUGGCCCAGAUCAAGUGCUGGCACUUGACCGUGGAGGUGAGGGCCCUUCCUCCUGGCUCCCUCUUGGCCCUGUCCCCGCACUCCUUUCUAUGCCAGUCAAACCCUUGCAUCCUUCCUUAAGACCAGAAAACAGAAACCCCUUGUCCUUAAGCUGAACAAACAUUUUAAUAGGAAGCCCUUCAUUACUCAUGAAAUCUUGGCAUUUAGCCGUGCACUGACCUAGACAUCAGAAGACCACCGGUGCCCUUUUCUCACGUGGAAAAUAAGAGCUGGACAAGUCUCAGGGAGCAACCGCAGGCUCUCCACUCAGAAACCUUAGUUUGAAUUUUUAAAGCUAGCAAUUCAUACAGUUUAGUUCUUCACUUCUGUGUAACCUUGCAUGUUUAGUGCUGGUUUCGUUACACCUUGUUAGCAGGUGUAGCUUUUCUGCAUUAUAAACGGUAUACAUCAAGUCACUUACCUUUUUAAAGGAAAGCGUAGAAGAACGUUCUCUUAUUGCCAUCAGAAACUCUCUUUUGAAGUUGUGUCUUGGUUGAAAUAUUUCUUUAAAACCUGCCACAAAAAGGAAGGUUAUUGUAUUUUCUACAUGUGCGUGGGUGUCUAACUUCUGCCACUAAAUCAACAGCAGCACUUGCAGACAGGCCCGUAAUGGUUUAACCUAAAUUAUUCAAUCCCUGUAGCCUUGACAAGUUUUAUUCUUAAAACCAAAAUGGUCACACAAAAAUGAAUCCUUUUUUAAUGAUAGUGAGGGAUCUCUCUCUCUCUCUUUUUUAGUCCCAGGUUUCCUCUUUCAUUAGUAAAACCCACUUUUGACCAAUUGUUCACCUAAAUAUUCCUGUCAUUUGGAGUCAGUGGAAAAUUCAGCAAGUCAACAGCACCAAUCUCCUUCUGAGGCAAAAAAGAAAUGUGUGGUCAUUGUUUCCACUCCACUGGAGCCCUGCAGCUACUUUUCUUUUUUUCUUUUUUUGGUCCGAAUGGGAAUGCCAGUCGGAGCAGCAGAAAAUAUGGGGCAUUUAAAAGUCUUUACUGUUAAAAAACCUGUCCGCUUAUUCCUGCCUUGAACCAGCCUUAAACACUGUUUCUAGCUUUGUGUACUCUUGGCGCGAGUGCCUUCUUCUUAAUUACAUCUCCUUUGUGCUGGACGGUGACUUCCGCCGGCAGUGGACACCAGCAUCGCCCUGACAGGCACGCACGCUGUGAGCUAGACUUACCCAGCAGACUCUUCCGCUUUCAGAAAGCCACCGCAGCACUCUGUUGGCAACCAUUUCCACCGGAAGAGAACUAACUAGUGCCUCUGCUGAGGAGCCCAACCUGUAUUUAACUACUCCCCCAAGGCUGUGUUUAAUCCUGCUGGGGCUACUAAUUAGUUAUUAGGCACAUCUGCUCCAGACCCAGCUUCCUUGGUUUCUAAGGUGGUUAUUUUUUUAACCUUUUUUUUUUUUCCCCCUUAAUAAAAGAGGUUUCUAAUUUAGGUCUCUCUCAGACUUCUGGUUAUAUUUGGAAAUAAGAAAUAGUUUAACAAUCAGGAUUGCUUUUGUCCUGGGUCAGAGAGAAACGCUGAGUUUUCUACUCCACAAGUGUUUGUAAUGUAGCCUGGCUGCCCUUCCCCAACUGCUCAGGGCUCCUUGGUUCGGGGUCUGGCUUUAAUGGCGAGUCCUCUUGAACCCUUUGAAACCUGUAAAAGGGGAACUCUUCCUUUUUAAAACAUGUUUUCUUUUGAUCAUAAAAAACAUGUUUAAGAUAAAAUGCAAACUCUUUUUUAGUACCCCGAAUUCAUAAGCACUGAAACUGAGACAUUGUACUUCUAAGAAUUAGAAAUAACUUCAAAAAGAAAAAUGUUGCCUU